AUGUUCGCUAUCCAUCAGCUCGUCACCUCGACCUUUCAUGCGGUUGAGCGAGAGCUGCUCGCACCACGCGAUUCGGCGGGGUCCCAAGCGUCGUCGUCAAUCGCUCCCACUUCAACCCAGUUCACUAUAUCCCAGACAGGUUCGACCACCUCUCCACCCUCUGCAACGUCAAGCAUGCCGAGUUCGGGCGGCGGCGGCUCCAGCUCACCCCUUCUCUUCUUCGUGGCAUUGGGCUUCGGAGUCGUAUUCACAAAUCUAUGGAUUAUUGUAGGAGUCAAAUACUGCUUUCGAUACAAUGCACGCCAACGGGCCUUGCGGAAUGGCGCUGGGGAAGAUGCCGAUCCCAUCAACCUGGAGAACAUGCCUGCAAGGCCACAUCGCCGGCGGAGGGAAAAGAAAUUGAUGACGAUGGACGAGGUCAACGAACGAUUCCCCUUGACGCAGUACAAGAACUGGGCUGCCAACCGCGCGAGUGCAGGACUUUCGACGAACGGCGGCGUCACGGUCGCUGAACCACCGAGUCGUGCUCCAAGUUUAAGAGAGGUCGACUCAUCGCCCACCGAUGCGAAGAACCCUGACCAUCAUGUAUCCGAGACUAUUCAGUCGGAGGAAGCCACCUCAACUGUCAAGAAUGAUAUUGGGGAGAACUUUGCUGAAAGAAAAAGUUUGGAAGGGACAAGCUCUGAAAAGAAAGCACCACAUACUAUCGUCGAAGAGCAUCAUUCCCUGAAAGAAAUACAAACUGCUGAUAGCGCCGGUGAUAAGCACGCCCCUCCGGUGGUGGACGGGGAUGGGGACGACGAUGACGACGAUGACGAACAUAUUCACACUGCGGUACCGCCCGAGCUUAUGACCAACCCUGGAGAUACUUGUGCCAUUUGUAUCGACACCUUAGAACCGGACGACGAUAUCCGGGGCCUGACCUGCGGUCAUGCUUUCCAUGCUGGGUGUAUAGAUCCGUGGUUGACCUGUCGUCGUGCUUGCUGCCCACUUUGCAAGGCCGACUACUACAUACCCAAGCCUCGUCCUGAACGCGAAGCGGCGGAGACUGAGCGUACUGGACGUCGAAGUGGCAGAGCACCCCCACCUCCACAAACAGCCUGGACCGGCAUUCGUGGAAAUCCUCGUCUUAUUCUACCGGGACGGUUCAUCUCUGGAUAUCCAGGUGAUGGAUAUGAUUACGGUCGACGGGAGACUCGACAUGCCAGGAGAGACCGCCGGGCGGCAGCAGCCGCUCAAGCACAUCGAACGGCAGCUAAUGCUAGACCGGUCGAGAAUAGCCGUGCUGCAGCACCAAGAAGAUGGGUGCCUAGGGUAUCAAACCCCUUCAGCUCGAUGCGCAUGCCGAAUAUUCCAUUUCCAGGCCGAGCCCGGGGAAGGGACACCGCUGCAGAGGGGAAUGCUACAGAGCCUUCACCUUCGCAACUGGAAGCCGGUGUAGUUCGAUGA